AUGCCCCCCACGGCGUGCUCCAUCCCGCCGCUCGAGGAAAUCGUGGCCCCCGAAACGGCGCUAGCCAACUGCGGUCCCUACUCCAGAGCCAACUUCGUCGCCUACCUCGCAGCGGCCCACUGCACCGAGAACUUGGAGUUUGUGGUGGAAAUCGACAGAUUCCACGCCGCCAUGGCUCGCGCCCUGGUCGAAACCCUCGCCCACCAGUGGCGCGUGCUCCACAAGGUCUUUAUCGCAAAGGACCUGAUCAAAGAAGUCAAUAUCCCCUGGACGCUCCGGCGCCUGCUUCUGCCUGAAACACUCCCCCUGCCGGCCGAGGUCGUGCAAACACGCAGCGUCGUGUACGAGCUUUUGCUCGACAGCUACAACGAAUUCAUCUUCCACACGCGGGAAUCCACAAACGACAGUACCACGCUCCGGCGGCGCCUGGAGGCCGUUCCGCCCGACCAGCCCUGGCUGCCGCACGCAGACGUCGGCCCGUGUGUGCCCUGCACUGCGGGCGAGACCGAAUACCACCGGCCCAGUGCGGCGGGUCUCAAGGACCAGUGGGAAAAGGCCUUGCUUGAUUUUGAGGUGGGCAAGUCCGACGUGAACGAGGUGACCCACGCGGAGCAGCCGAGUCUGGAUUCUUCGAACUACGGCCUGCUGCGCAGUAGAAAUGGGUCGGACGGGACGGUGAGCCUGUCGCGAACCUCGCGGUGCUCUUCCAUCGGGUCCGUGGUGGAGGGCAUCAAGGGGUACCUGGGGUUUAAAAAGGCCGUGAGGCGGUUGCGGCGGGGCAGCGACGAGCCGGGCGAAAAGUGGUGA